AUGUUUCAAUCUGAUAUCGAAGCCGUUGUGAAGCCUAACAUUACUCAACCUGUUAUCAAUGCCGUUGUGAGGCCUACCACUUUCCAAGAGUAUAUUGGAAUAAAUGAUGGUUUUGGAAAAAAUGUAAAUGGUUUUCCAUCUGAGAUCAUUGACGAUGACAUCCCAAAAUUCCACUUCAUUCUGGGAUUUGCCAAUGACACUUAUGUUGAUGGAGCAGGUACAGGAUUCUUCAAGCGCGCUUGGAACUUUGAUGACUUUAGCCCAACAAAAGUGGCCAAACUCAAGAAAAAGCAUAAGAACGUGAAAGUGGUAAUAAGCAUAGGAGGCAAAGGUGCUGAAUUUCCAUUCAAUCCUCAGGAUGACAGUAGUUGGAUUGAUAAUGCCGUAACAUCAAUCAAAGAGCUCAUCCAAGACUACGAGAAAUAUACUCCACGUGUCAGCGACGAUAACGUAAUUGAUGGGCAAGUCAUACAACGCCUUAAGGAUGAUCCCGAUGUUUCCAACUCCAUGAAGGUGGUGUCCAUUUCUCCCACAGACCUUGUCAACCUCCAAUACCUCGCAUUGUACACUAACAAGCCAGACAAUAUUGAUUGGAUUAACUACAAGUUCUACAAUCAGUAUUUUCCCUCAGAAAAUGAAUUUAUAAACUUCUUUAAUAAUCUAGUUAAUGAUUAUGAUGCGGCGUUUAAACUCGUGGCUGGAUUCAGCAGUGAUACAAGUACUCCAACUCCAACGAGUCAACAAGCCUGUAUUGAUGGAUGCAGAAUCCUCAUUGAACGUGCAUCACUUGCUGGAGUUUUUGUUUGGAAUGGUGAAGCCUCAGCCCCCACAUAUUCUCUAGAGGCAGAGCUUCAAAAGCUCUACACUAAAGAGUGA